AUUCCUUACUAUCAAAUAUUCCUGUUCAUGAGUGAUUUCACUACAAAGUAAAAGAGUUUGCACUGGAAGUCAGGCAUUAAACAACUUCAGACUGAAAUAAGAGUGUCAUUGCUUUCAAAGGUUGUCUUUGCAUUCAGGCCAUAAAAGGUAAAAGGGAUAAGGCGCUCUCUUAAGAAUGUCAAAACGGCCAGUUUCAAAUGUCAGAUCCAUUCAGGCUAAUAUCAACAUCCCAAUGGGAGCAUUUCGACCGGGAGCAGGGCAUCCUCCCAAAAGAAAAGAAUUUACACCUGAAGUGGAGGAGAGCGUUCCUGCUUCUACAGAGGAGGAGGAGAAGAAGCAGCUCCCAGGAGCCAAGAAACUUCCAGGCCCUGCUGUCAACUUAUCAGAGAUCCAGAAUAUAAAGAGUGAGCUGAAAUUUGUCCCCAGAGCUGACCAGUAGUAGAAAAGAACAGGAACAAUUGUUAAUUCAGCACUGGGGCAAACAGCAGCCCGGCAAGAAAUGUGGCAGCAGAAAUGAUGACUGUGGUGUCCCAGCAAGAAAUAACAGGAGCAGUGCAUCAGGUGAAAUGGUUUUAUGCCACACUUUGCCCAGCAGUCUGAAGGUCUAUUUCUGUUCGCUAGAUAUUCUGCUACAAAAACUCUAUCAGCACUUGCUUGUGCACUUCCUACUAAGCUACACUACUACAAAAAAGUCAAAAUUUACCUUCAUUCACACUAUUAUCAUCACUACACAGAGAUACAAUUUAUCUUGAACAAUAACAGCAAGGAAAGCAAGGAUAGAGAUGUUACAGCUGUUUAAUAAUAAAGA